UUCAAGCAGCCAAGUCAUCUUCAGGGGUCAUCGAUAAGGGAACAUUAAAAAAAACCGUUGAAAUUGGAAAAUCUUCUAGAUUGCCAUUUGCCAUUUGCCAUUUGCCAUUUGCCAUUUGGACAAGUUGUGUUGCCUCGUGUUCGCCGCCCCCCUUUUCCACAUUAUCCUAUUUAAAGAUUCUCAUAUCCGGCAUUGAUCCUCGCUCCUGUCCGGUUUAGACUUUCGUGUGUCAAGCUGAUCCCUCUUUGGCUUUUUUCUAGGUUUUCUUUUUUAAAUUUUUUUUUUUUUGCCUUUUCUUUCACUCCUUCACUAGUUACCAAUUAAAUUCCCCGGUCUUCUUGGGGAUGCAUCGCAUGUAAAAGGUUAUGAGGAGAACAUCAGUUUCACUGCCUACGAAGCAAGUUAGACACGACCCUCACGAAAAACCUGCACGUUACGACUCGGGCCACCGAGAACCCGGCAUCGUGGAGAAACUACAGGCUGCGACCAUGAACCAGGCCCAAAGGACGCGAUGGCUAAAGACCACGGCCAUCGUUGUCUUCUUGGUGUUCCUGUUCUACUACAUCUCGCCAAGGGGUGUAGAAGUAUAUAAGGGUGUGUCGCAUUCUGGCGGCCAGGUGCCGUCCGAUUCAUCAUACGGAACCUCGAAAUGUACGAAAUCGUUUUCUAAGGACAAGCCAAUCGUACAAUAUGUCCUCAUGAUCGACGCUGGCAGCACUGGAUCUCGUAUCCAUGUUUACAAGUUCAACAACUGUGGCCCGACCCCAGAGUUAGAGAAGGAAGAGUUCAAAAUGACCGAGAAGAGCGUAGGCGGCUUGAGCAAGUAUAAGGACGACCCAGUCGCCGCCGCGAAGACCUUGGAUAGUCUCAUGGAAGUGGCGAUGGCGACCGUUCCCGACAAGUUGAAGGGUUGCAGCCCGGUUGCCGUAAAGGCGACCGCUGGUCUGCGAAUGAUCGGCCAGGAGGCCAGUGGGAAAAUCCUUGAGACCGUUCGGGAGCACCUUGAGAAGGACUACCCCUUCCCCGUUGUCUCCCGAGAAGAGAAUGGCGUUGCGAUCAUGGACGGUUCUGACGAGGGUGUAUACGCCUGGAUUACUACCAACUACCUUCUAGGAAAGAUUGGAGGACCUGACCAGAGCCCAACCGCUGCCAUCUUUGAUCUUGGUGGUGGUUCCACGCAAAUUGUCUUUGAGCCUACGUUUAAGGGACUUGCUUCUGGCGGCAUGCCCGAGAAGCUGGCUGAAGGCGACCACAAGUACGAGCUCUCCUUCGGCGGACGAAACUUUGAGCUCUACCAGCACUCUCACCUUGGAUACGGAUUGAUGGCGGCUCGCAAUUCUAUACACUUGAACUUGCUACAUGAUAUCUACAAGAAGGAGAAGAGCAAGGCCUUCCUAGAAAAGCCCAUUCUCAACCACCCUUGUAUCAAUGCGGGCCGGACCGAUAAGAUUACGGUUAAACUUGGUGACGACAGCCCCCUAGGCACCGGCGAGUUGCGGCUUAACGUGACCGGCCCCAUGAACCCUGCUCCGGCACAGUGCCGCGCUCUGGCUGAGAGGAUUCUAUACAAGGACGCCGAGUGUAAGCUUGCACCCUGCUCUUUCAACGGCGUCCACCAACCCCCACUAGCCAAGACCUUCGCUAAGGAGGAUGUCUACAUCUUCUCUUUCUUCUACGACCGCACUAAGCCUCUUGGAAUGCCCGAUUCGUUCACCCUCCGGGAACUGCACGACCUCGCUAACGCUGUGUGCGGCGGCGAGGACUCGUGGGGCACAUUCACUAAUAUUCCAGAGGCCCUAGAGGAGCUACGUGAUCGUGGCGAGUACUGCUUGGACCUCAACUUCAUGAUAGGAUUGCUGCACAGCGGUUACGAAAUGCCUAUUGACCGGGAGGUCAAGAUCGCUAAGAAGAUCAAGGGUAACGAAUUGGGCUGGUGUCUAGGAGCCAGUCUGCCCUUAUUAGCAAAGAACUCCGGCUGGUCCUGCAAGGUCACUCAGACCUUUUAAUCGUACUACACGCUACCCUAACGAGAUUAGGGACGUGACUAUUGGAAAGUUUAGAUAAUUAAUGACGAGGAGGCACGGACACGGCGGAGGCGGAUAACUUAGGUAGUUGCCCUGCGAGGCCGGCGUUUUUCGGAUCUGGUUGUAAAAGUGUAGUACGAAAUACGGCGCCGGCAUUUCCGUCUUCGACGAAGAUAAGUAUAAUAGGGAAUGGGCGAACUGUACUAUAGGAAGAUCACGAAUGAAAACAUUAGGACGCAAUCGAU